AUGAGAUCAAAACAAUGUUUUAUCGUGAUUCAACGAAGACAAGAUGGUACAACUAAUUUUUAUAGAUCAUGGUCAGAAUACAAGAGUGGUUUUGGAAGUCCUGACAGAAAUGUUUGGCUCGGGAAUGCCAAUAUUCAUGCAAUAACUUCCAUAGGGGAUUAUGAACUACGAGUUGAUCUUCAAGAUUGGGAAGGGCAAACAUGGUAUGCUGUUUACAAUUCGUUUAGGGUUGGUGACGAAUCUACCCAGUACACACUUUCUCUUGGAAGUUAUACUGGAACUGCAGGAGACAGUUUACGUUAUCAAAAUGGUAUGAAGUUUUCAACAUAUGACCAGGAUAAUGAUGCAUACAAAGGAGUAGAUUGCGUUGCGAGAGAUCACUCUGGUUGGUGGUAUAACAAGUGCCACAAUGUAAAUAUCAAUGGACUCUACAAGAAAGGGAAAUCUGAUAAACAUAACGUUGUUAGUUGGAAUUUAGCACGUGGUCCAUAUUAUUCUAUGAAAUUUGUACGGAUGAUGAUACGCAGACACUGAAGAGAUGUUGAAGAAGAUGAUAGUACAAAUUUUGCCCCUUGUGUGAUUAAGGAAUUUCAUUUUAUUUUCAUUUAUGAUAAUGAAUGACAUUUUUACACGAUAUGACUGCACUUAAUGCAAAGCUGUAUGUCGUUUUAUGUUAAAUUGCAAGCUUUGUAACUUUGAAAAUUAAAGUAGUUGGCAUUUUGA